AUGUGGACUAUGGUGGAAAUAUCAAUUGGUGCUGUAUCUCGUGUACGGAACUUUGUGCAAGAUACGCCAUCGAAUAAACGUGACUUCAAUCCUGAGAGCGGUAGGCUUCCGGACGUGGCAUGUAAUGGUGCAAUUGACUUUGAGGAUGUAUCCGCUGGUCACAGCUUCAACGAAGCGCCCAUCCUGAAAGACAUUACGUUAUCCAUAAAACCAGGGCAAAAGAUCGCAGUCUGCGGGCCUUCCGGUAGUGGAAAGACCUCCUUAAUUAUGGCCCUUCUGGGUAUGGUUGAAAUCAAGCAAGGCCGGGUGCUUCUGGAUGGCAACGACCUGUCAAGUGAGCGGCAAGCUCUUCGAGGAAACAUUAAUGUCAUACCCCAGGAUCCUCUAUUCCUUCCUGGGACCGCGAGGUUCAACCUUGACCCACACCAGCGCGCUAGUGAUGAGAAAAUCGCAGACGCUGUGAAAGCAGUCGGGUUAUGGAGUCGCUUUUGCGCGAAAGGAGGCUUGGAUGCCGAUUUCGUUCCCUCCGACUGGUCGGUUGGCCAGAAGCAGCUGUUUGCGCUUGCUCGGACCCUGGUGCAUAAGGCUCCUAUUUUGCUCUUGGAUGAGGCGACUAGCAGCGUCGAUUGGGAAACGGAGACGAUCAUGCAGGACAUUAUAGACAGAGAGUUUGCUUCCCAAACUGUUAUUGCUGUCUGUCAUCGCUUCCGGUUCAUCGAUCGGUUUGACCGUGUGGCGGUGAUACAGCAGGGUGAACUUGUUGAAUAUGAUGAGCCAACAGCUCUGCUGGAAAGGGAUACGCAGUUUAGGAGGCUCUUUCGCGCUUUGCAGGAAUCGUCGGCCAUUGGAGCAUAA